AUGCUGAGGCGUCUUCCAGGUACUUCUUCCGUCCGCGACCCAUCACUCCAGCGGCAAGUUUUUCAAGCCCAUUGGGGAGCUAUCAUGGGUAAUACUGACAGUUGUAUAGGACCACCUCCAAUUGCAAAUCCUGACAAUCAACGAGAGCUGCUGGACACGAUUGAGAAGCGUCUAACACCAGACGAUCAAACUUAG